AUGCAGCAAUUUUUGUUGCUUUUUCGAAAAAAUAUAUUAAUUUGGAAACGGAAUAAAUCAUGGACAAUUUUCGAGAUUAUUAUCCCGUGUAUUUUGAUGAUGAUUUAUUGGGGGAUUUUUAUGGGUGUAGGUUUGCCUUUAUUUUUUUUUGAAAUUGAAAAUUUUUUUCAGGAACCAUCCCGCGAACGAUAUUGGAAUGAUUACUACUCAAAUUCGCAGACGUCAUAUGAAUUCCAAGUCCGAGGAAAUAUUCAAGAUAUUCAAUUUCAAGAUAGGUGUAAAAUGGAUGUAAAAUUUGCAUAUUCGUAAGUUGUUUUAUUUAAAAUUUCAAGAGAAAGAUAACAGUUUACUCAUUUACAUUUAAGAAAAAAAUAAAAUAGCAACUAAUUUUAUAGAUCUGCAGUGGAAUGUGAAAACGAAACCAAAAAAAUUAUGAACAUUUUCGUGGAGAACUUCAAAAAUUCAAAUGUCAAUUUCAACUUACUCCACCUCAAUUCCGAAGAUGAGAUUGAAAAAAAUGUGCAAACUAUAUAUAGCUACGGGUCAUGUUCGUUUAACUAUGCAACAAUUGGUGUUUAUUUUGAUGAAAUAAAUUUCGACGAACAAAUUCUAAAAUAUCGAAUUAUUUAUAAAAGCUACAAUCAAAAAUGGUUGCUCAAGAAGCAAACGAUUUCCUUAUUCGCAUGGCAAGAAAAAGAGCGAACAAAAUAUGAAGAAAUGGGAUUUUUAUCAUUUCAACAUGCAAUUGAAUCAACUUUCAUCAAUAUUAUCAAAAAUACCAAUAUUUCAAGUCAAUUUCCAAUUAAUUUUCAAGCAUUUCCUGAAAUUGAAAUUUUUCGAAGUAAAAAUACGAAACAUUUGAUGUUUAUUCCAUUUGUAUUAGCUGUUAUUAUUUUUACAAAUGUUGUUCAUAUUACACGAGAAGUAUCAGCUGAAAAUGAGCAUUUGAAAGGAUAUUUGAUGACACUUGGAUUAUCAAACUUCAAUUUUUAUAUGACUCAUAUUUUGAGUGGAAUUUUGAAGAGUGUGUUUUUAUAUUUAAUCACAACUCUACCAUUUUUCGUAAAUGGAUAUGUAAGUGAAUUAAAAAACGUUAAUAUAUUUGAAAUUGUGUUUUUUUUCAGAUUUCAAUCAAUAAUUUCUUUGCAUUAUCAAAUGUAAUAUUUUUAUAUUGCAUUUCUGCAAUUACAUUUGGUGCAUUCAUCGCCUCAUUUUUUUCAACUUCUGAUUCUGCAGUUAAAGCAUCAAUCACAAUUUGGGCAAUCUUAUUUGGAUUAUUCGCUUUAUUCAAACCCGAAAACCAUCAAGAAAUAUUCGAUUGUUAUAUUUAUGCAUUAAAUCCAACCGGAGCUUUUGCACUAUCUCUUGAUAUUUUGACCGAAUUGAUAGUUGAUCGAAAAAAUCUGACUUUUUUCAAUAUUUUUAGUGAAUCUUCAAGCAGAUUCACUUUAGGAAAUGCUAUUUCAAUGCUGGUUUUUGACAUAAUAUUGAUGUUUGGUAUUUCAUUAUUGGCUGAUGAUUAUCGGAGAUCAAAUGAUGAUAGUUUCAAAGAAUAUUUCAAAUCCAUUUUUGCAAAAUAUCGUUCGGAAGGUGUGAAAAGUGUAAGAAUGACUGAACUACAAGCAUCAGAAGUUUUAUUAGAAGAAUCGAAUGAAUAUCGGAACAACGAUAUUGAAAAUGGAAUAUUUGUUAAUAAUUUAGUAAAAAUAUGGGGGACAACUGGAGAAAAGGCUAUCAAUGGUUUGAGUUUUGAAGCAAAAAAAGGUGAAGUGACUAUUUUAUUUGGCCGAAAUGCUGAUGGAAAAUCUACAACAUUUCAUUGUAUUUCUGGAAUGAUUCCGCCAACUGAAGGUGAGACAAUUGUAAAAAAAAACUUUGAAAAUCUUAUUUUCAGGUAAGAUCAUGAUUUCUGGCCGUGAAUCCAAUACAAAUAUUGGACUUUGUCCACAGUACAAUCCAAUUUUCGACCAGUUAACAGUUGAAGAACAUCUUUGGUUUAUAAAUGGUCUCAAAGGAAACAAAGAUGAUUGCAAAUUCCAAGCCGAAAUGAGACGGUUGUUAGAAAACGUGAAUUUGAUAGAUAAAAAACAUAAGUUCUCAUCAAAUUUAUCAGGAGGAAUGAAAAGAAAACUGUGUGUUUGUAUGGCAUUGAUUGGAUCAUCUGAAGUAGUUUUAUUAGAUGAACCAACAGCUGGAUUAGAUCCAGGUGCAAGAAAAGAUGUUCAAGAUUUAUUAGAAACAGAAAAACAAAAUCGAACAAUUUUAUUAACAACACAUUAUAUGGAUGAAGCUGAAAGACUUGGCGAUUGGAUUCUUAUCAUGGCCCGUGGUAAACUUGUUAUAUCUGGAUCACCUAAAUUUUUGAAGAAAAAAUAUGGAAUUGGAUAUUUGUUGACAGUUGUACUUGAUGAUGCGAUUAACAAUAAUAGAGAUGCUAUUUGUGCAGUUUUAAAAGAAUUGUGUCAAUUCUAUACACCAGAAGCUCAAAUUGGAAAUACUCAUGGAAAACAAAUUGAGAUUAUUUUGCCAGAAAAAUGCAAAUCAAGUUUUCCUAUCUUAUUUAGAGCAUUGGAAGCGAUUCAAAGAAAAGAGUAAGUUUAUAAAAUAUUUCCCGUCAAUAAAAAAAGUUAAAAAUUUCAGAUUUACAAGCGAGAUAUUCUUCAUUCUUCCGAAUCAAUUGAAAGAUCAAUUGAGUAUUUUGCAAAUCACAGAUUAUGGAUUAUCUUUGAAUAAGUUAGAACAAGUUAUUUUAACUAUCAGUGAAAAACUUGGAACAGAUGCGACCGAUGGAAUUUUGAAUCAGAAUCAUGAGUUUGAAGCGACAAAAUUCGAAAAUUUGCUUGAAAAUCAGUCAAGUCUCCCAGGGAAUACAGGAAAAUCUUUAAUAAAAUCUCAAAUAUCCGCUAUUUUUCGCAAAAAAUAUCUAUACACAAAGAGAAGAUGGAGCCAAUUAAUUGGUCAAUUAUUCCUUCCACUGUUAAUUAUCGGAUUAAUCUGGUUGAUUUUUAGAGUGAAAAUUCAUGAAAAACUCGAAUCGAAUAUUAUUGAAAAAAGUUACAAUUUGCAAGAAUUCUCGCCAGCUGCUGUUGUUUGGAAAAAUAAUAAAAAUUCUAUGUCGGAACACCUUUCGAAUAUCAACAAAAUUGUGGAUAAAUUUUCUGGAUUCCAUAACAAUUAUUAUGAUAAAUCGGAAACAUUGAAGAACAUCACAGUAAAAUUCAUUGGAAAAAUCCCACAUCUUUUAUUUGGCUUCACUGAAAAUACAACGCUUUUCAAUUAUCGAAACCAACAUACGUGCGUUUCACAAUGAUAGGUUCACCCCCAGAAUGAUGAAAUUGACGAAAUCGUGAGUUGUAAAAGCAAGUUGAGUUAAAAAUCGAAAAGAACGCACAAAAUUAUGUAUGUAAACUCAUUUUCAUAAAAAAAUACCGAAAGCUGAGAAAAUUUUUGACCGAAGUUCAAAAAUUGCGAAAAUUUAGCGUUUCAUAAUGAUAGGUUCACCUAACUCAAACUGGUUCUAUUUUUGAAGAAACGGGGAAUUUGACUAGAAAUCACUUCGAAAUCAACAAAAGAGAGCAUUUGAGUUCACUUGCAAUUUUCACAAUCGAAUUUCAUCGAUUCUAAGGUCUGCACUGAUGUUUCCAGUAAGAGACAUCUGGAAAUUAGGCCUUUGUUCAUUUUUUUCCACAUUUCUCGAAAUUUUAUCAUCAGAUUUUUCUGAAAACAUCUUUUUUUGUCUAUUUGAACCUGAUUACACAGAAUUUCAACUUUUUUUCGAAGUUUUGACAUGAUUCUGACAUUACUGGAUUUCCGAUGUUCAUCUUGAACUUCAGAUCUAGAACAUCAGGAACAUCAAAAUCAAAAUUUUAUUGAUGGAAUUCGUUCCCAGCAUCGUCAAAAUCAUAUGUCAUGUUCAAUCUUUUCCGAAACACUUGUUUGGAUUGCUUAGUAUCUAUUUAUUUUCCAAAUCACAAGAAUCAGCAUUUUUUAACACUGUAAAAACACAACUUUUAGUGUUCACCCGAAUCAACUCACGAUAUGAGUUAGGAGACCAUUCGAAACCAUCAAUUAUGUCUUUAUCAACUAUUUUGACGAUGCUAAGAACGAAUUCCAUCAAUAAAAUUUUGUUUUUGAUGUUCCUGAUGUUCUAGAUCUGAAGUUCAAGAUGAACAUCGGAAAUCCAGUAAUGUCAGAAUCAUGUCAAAACUUCGAAAAAAAGUUGAAAUUCUGUGUAAUCAGGUUCAAAUAGACAAAAAAAGAUGUUUUCAGAAAAAUCUGAUGAUAAAAUUUCGAGAAAUGUGGAAAAAAAUGAACAAAGGCCUAAUUUCCAGAUGUCUCUUACUGGAAACAUCAGUGCAGACCUUAGAAUCGAUGAAAUUCGAUUGUGAAAAUUGCAAGUGAACUCAAAUGCUCUCUUUUGUUGAUUUCGAAGUGAUUUCUAGUCAAAUUCCCCGUUUCUUCAAAAAUAGAACCAGUUUGAGUUAGGUGAACCUAUCAUUAUGAAACGCUAAAUUUUCGCAAUUUUUGAACUUCGGUCAAAAAUUUUCUCAGCUUUCGGUAUUUUUUUAUGAAAAUGAGUUUACAUACAUAAUUUUGUGCGUUCUUUUCGAUUUUUAACUCAACUUGCUUUUACAACUCACGAUUUCGUCAAUUUCAUCAUUCUGGGGGGUGAACCUAUCAUUGUGAAACGCACUGUAUUCUUCCAUCACUUAUUACUUUGAAUAACAAAGCAAGAUUAUGGGGAGGAUUCGAUAAUCAAAAAAUUCCAACAAUCGAAUGUCAAAUUAAUAUGCAUUUGGGAGAAAAUCCCAGACAUUAUGGUGUUCGCGAUGUUUCGGAAAAUGUUCUAACUGGAUUUUUUAUUGUUAUUUUCUCAUUGGUCACUUCGUCUUUUGUAUUAUUUCUGGUUGAGGAGAAGGUUUCAAAAUUUGCUCAUCAACAACUAUUAACAGGAAUUUCACCCAUAACAAUGUAUGGUGCUGCAAUUAUUUUUGAUUUCCUAGUAUUUUCCGCAAUUUGCUCGAUAUUUUUGAUAUUUUUUUAUUUUUUCGAUUACCAUAUGAAUUAUCAAUUAGCAACGUGAGUUUUUUUUCAUUUGGCUGCACUAGGCAUUUUCAAAAUUGUCUUAAUUUUCAGCAUAAUACAAUUGUGGUUUCUCUAUUUUACAUCAAAUGUUCCAUUCAUAUAUAUCAUUUCACAAUAUUUCAAAUCACCUUCAAAGGCCCGAAUUUUCAUUGUAAUUUGGCAAAUUUUUGUUUCUGGGUCUCUCGUAUUCUUCAGGGUUUUGGCUCUCAAGAGUUUCGGAUAUCCUGGCUAUAGUGUUUAUAUUAGGCCACUCUUUUUAAGUGUUCAGGUAUCUUUGAUAUUUCAAUUGUUGAAAACCAUAUCUUUUUACAGUUUAUUAUCUCGGUUUUAUUCCCCGUAUUUUCAUUCGGUAACGCUAUGAUCGUCGGACCAAUGACUCAGACACGAGAUCCACAAUUCAAUGACCUUUGGAUGUUUAUUGAUGCUAUGUUAUUGUCUUCUGUACUAUCAUCAAUUGCUUUUCUUUUUUUGCAAUUGAAAUCAGUUCAAAAGUAUUUGUCAAAUAAUUAUUCAUCUUGGAAAUAUGGACAAGAAAGUAGGAAAUAUGGACAAAGCAGUGACUUUGAAUUAUCGGAUGCUGUGGUUCAAGAAAGGCAAAAGGCUGUUAAUGCUAAUUCUUCUUAUUCUUUAGUUGCAAGAGUAUGUUUGUGAGAGAAGUUGCUUUUCAUUUUCAAUUAAAAUUUUUGCAGAACCUCACCAAAAAAUUCGGCGACUUCACAGCGUUGGAUAAUUUAAGUUUGGCUGUAUCCCCAAAUGAAUGUUUCGGAUUAUUGGGAGUAAAUGGAUGUGGGAAAACAACGACUUUCGAUAUUUUGACAGGAUAUUCUUUUGCAACAAGUGGAAAAGCAAAAAUUGGUGGAAAGAAUGUGACAGAAAGAAUUGUGAGUUUACGAACCUCAUAAGGGUAAUCAUCUAAUUUUUAAUACAGGGUAUCGGAUAUUGCCCUCAAUUUGAUUCGGUUCUUUUGGAUCUAACUGGCCGCGAGAUUUUAGAAAUUCUCGCACAAAUGCACGGAUUUAUUAAUUAUCACCAAAAAGCUGACAUCAUUCUUGAGAGCAUUGGAAUGCAAAAACAAUCAAAUAAACUGAUUCGAUAUUAUAGUGGAGGACAAAAACGAAAAAUCUCAAUUGGAAUCGCACUUUUAUCGCCAACAAAUUCAAUGAUAAUAUUAGAUGAACCAACUGCUGGAAUUGAUCCAAAAGCUCGAAGAGAAAUAUGGGAAUUAUUAAUUUGGUCAAGACAAAAUCGUCCGAAUAGUGCACUUAUGUUAACUUCACACUCAAUGGAUGAAUGUGAAGCAUUAUGUUCAAGAAUUGCUGUAUUAAAUCAUGGGAAAUUGAUUGCUAUUGGAAGCAGUCAAGAAUUAAAAACACUAUAUGGAAAGAGUUAUACAAUGACUCUUUCUCUAAACGAUUCCCAAAAUCGAGAAAAUAUUGUGAAUCUGGUCAAUGAUCAGAUACCCGAUGCAAUUUUCCAAACUCCUGAAACCAAUAAAACUUUGGAUCUAGUCUGGCGUAUUCCAAAAAAUCCGGAAGACAAAUGGUCCAAUAAAUUUGAAAUGGUUCAAAAUUUAGCAAAACAACUUCAGGUGAGCUACGAUACAAAAAAUUAAUUUAAAAAAUGUUCAAUAUUUUAAGGUCAAUGACUAUGUGCUCUCACAAUCAUCUUUGUAA